UAUACUUCUGAACGAUGUCGUAAAACCAGUCGGAGCUUAAAACUGUGCGUUUUAAUUUUGCAGCUGCACCCAAACUGGACAAAAGAAAGAAAGAAAGAAAGAAAAGAAUUUGAUGAGGUAGAUCUAGAUCUCCUCUCGCUUUGAGGAAGCGCAUCUCUUGCCGUUUCACAGACAACCCAAUCAAUCCUCAAUUUAGGGUUUCGAGAUUAUAAUAAACUAGAAUUAUUAUUUUUCUUUUGUAAAAAUUAGAUGAUGCCGCCGGUAAAAACAUCCUAUCGGGACCGGACACAAGAGUUUCUGAGUGUAGCAGAGAGGCUAAAGAAAUCGUUCUCAUCGGCGAGCAAUGCGGCAUCAUCCAGUACCGGUAGCAGCACGAAGCCGGAUGCUAAGCGAUCUGCUGUGGCGAUUCAAUCCGAAUUUAGUAAAAGAGCAUCCAUGAUCGGGUAUGGGAUCCACCAGACAUCUCAGAAGCUGGCGAAGCUGGCAAAACUGGCGAAAAGAACAUCGGUGUUUGAUGAUCCAACUCUGGAGAUCCAAGAGUUGACAGCAGUUAUAAAACAAGAUAUUACUGCACUUAAUGCAGCUGUAGUAGACCUCCAACUCCUUUGCAACUCCCAGAAUGAAAGCGGAAACAUCUCAAGUGAUACUACAACUCAUUCAACCACAGUUGUAGAUAACCUAAAGAAUCGCUUGAUGACUGCUACAAAGGAGUUUAAAGAAGUCCUCACAACGCGGACAGAGAAUCUAAAGGUUCAUGAGAACCGAAGGCAGUUGUUUUCUUCCACUGCUUCAAAAGACUCUUCAAAUCCCUUUGUUCGUCAGCGUCCACUCACUUCCAGGACAGCUGCUAGUGCAACACAGGCUCCUCCCCCUCCAUGGGCCAAUGCUUCUGUAUCCUCAUCCCAGCUAGUUCCCAGCAAAUCGACAGAUGUUGAGUCCCAGCCGCUUUUGCAACAGCAGCAACAGCAAAUGGUUCCACUACAAGACAGUUACAUGCAUAGCAGAGCUGAAGCCCUUCAUAACGUGGAGUCAACAAUCCAUGAGCUGAGCAACAUCUUUACUCAACUAGCAACAAUGGUUUCUCAGCAAGGAGAGCUGGCAAUCAGGAUUGACGAGAACAUGGAUGAGUCACUGUCAAAUGUAGAGGGCGCGCAGGGCCAACUGGUCAGGUAUCUUAACAGUAUUUCAUCCAACCGAUGGCUGAUGAUGAAAAUAUUUCUUGUACUUAUUGUAUUCCUCAUGUUUUUCGUUUUUUUUGUGGCAUGAGAGUAUACAAGAAAAUGCACCGGAAGCGUAUAUUUCCUGCUCCCAAUGUUUUUUUGUUUUUUUUUUUGUCUCUAUUCUCUACACAGUUUUGACUUUAAACCCUGCUUAAUUUGUUCCGGAAAUCCUUCUUGUAUCCUUGUAUGCAAGAACGAGGACAAGUGCAUAAUAAUGAUAAAAUAGGGCUUGGUGUAAUUGUUCCUA